AUGCUUAUUCCGUCAGCGGGAUCAGUCAUGGGAGAGCUUGUGCUGCAGAUCAUUGUUGCGCUUUUCACAGCACUGAUGGGAGGAUUGUAUCUUCUAGGGGUGUUCAGACGGCGGAGGCCCGGAGAGCCUCCACUGGACAAGGGUCUUUUCCCUUGGCUUGGCCAUGUCUUGGAGUUCCGCAGGAACACGGUGAAGUUCCUGCAGAGGAUGCAGAGGAAGCAUGGAGACGUGUUCACAAUCCAGCUGGGCGGUUUCUACGUCACCUUCCUGCAGGACCCCUUGUCUUUCGGACCGUUUGUCAAGGAGAGCCGGGAGAAGCUGGACUUCAACAAGUUCGCCAAGCACCUGGUGCACAGGGUCUUCGGCUACUGGUCGGCCAAUAGCGAGCAUCACAUCCUGCAGCAGUCCAGCAACAAGUACCUGAAGGGGGACGGCUUGGAGGUCCUCACACAGUCCAUGACAGCCAAUCUUCAGAACCUGAUGCUGCACAACCUCGGCAAAGAAGAGCCAGCCUGGACAGAAGACGGGCUCUUCAUGUACUGCUACAAUAUCGUGUUCAGGGCGGGCUACCUGUCUCUAUAUGGUAACGUGUCCCCAAAGUGCAAGGACGGUGAAGAGAAGGCCAAAGAGAAAGACAGGGUGGAAUCAGAGUCCUUGUUCUACAAGUUCCGUAAGUACGACCAGCUCUUCCCGAACCUGGCGUAUGGUGUCCUGCCUCCCAAGAGGAGGCUGGAACUGCGAGGGCUCAUGGACUACUUCUGGGACGUCCUGGCGGUGCGCAAGGUGAAGACCAAAGACAACAUCAGCGGUUGGGUGUGGGACAUGCAGCAGGUGCGGGAGGAGAUGGGCAUGGAUGAGGCCAUGAUCGACAGGUACAUGUUUCUCCUCCUGUGGGCCUCGCAGGGCAACACGGGCCCAUCUGCCUUCUGGCUGCUCCUCUACAUCAUGAAGCACCCGGAGGCUAUGACGGCCAUCAAGGGCGAGGUCGACCGGAUCGUCCGUGAGUCGGGCCAGGAAGUGAGGCAUGACGGCCCAUUACUGAACCUGACACGCGAGAUGUUGAUGAAAACCACCAUCAUGGACAGCGCCGUGGAGGAGACCCUGAGACUCUGCGCCGCGCCCCUUCUCACCAGGGCCGUGCUCCAGGACAUGACGCUGAAGAUGGCUGACGGCAAGGAGUUCCUCAUUCGCAAGGGGGAUAGGAUGGCGAUUUUCCCUUACAGCGGCGUGCAAAUGGACCCAGGAAUCCACCCCGACCCGAGGGCCUUCAAAUACGACCGCUUCCUCAACCCCGACGGGAGCAAGAAGACGGAGUUUUACAAAGACGGCAAGAAGGUGAAGUACUACACCAUGCCCUGGGGCGCCGGGGUGUCCAUCUGCCCUGGGCGCUUCUUUGCCACUAACGAGCUCAAGCAGUUCAUCUUCCUCAUGCUGGUCUACUUUGAGUUUGAGCUUCUGGAUCCUGAAAUGGAGAUCCCCGGAAUAGACGUCCGGCGAUGGGGCUUUGGAACCAUGCAGCCCGACAGAGAUGUUCCCUUCCGAUAUAGACUCCGAUAUUAAACUCAGAGUUGAAGGAAGCAACAUGAAGACUAUUUAAAGGGCAAUGCAAUCCCAUAUACGGCCUAUUAUUCACAUAAUACUGUAGCUCUAUAAUCUUUUAUCAUGACAUUUUUCAAGAUAUGAAAUAAGUAGCGUAUUGAGAAGUAAAUACAUUAGGCCUGAUUUACGAAGAUCCCAAACAGAUGCCUGCUUGAUAGACGUAGCAUUUAACCCUUUCAUGCACCAAUAAUGAUAACCUGUAACCUGGUAACAUGAUAGGCUGUCCACUGUCGUAACCGCUAUCCCUGAAAGUGUUAAAGAAGCAAAAUCAGCCAGCACAAUUGGUCUCAGAUUUGAAAAAAAAAAAAAAUCA